AUGUCUAAUGAUCGCAGAGCCUGCGUUAAGAGGGUUACUAAUGAAACUCAAAUUGAAAUCGUAAUAUCUUUAUCCGGGGGCGAAUUAAAGCUUGGUAAUUCCGCUAGUAAUAACACUAAGGCUGAAAAUAGCUCUUCAUCAAGUCAACUAAUUUCAAUUAAUACUGGGAUUGGCUUUCUAGACCACAUGAUCCACGCUCUUGCCAAACACGCUGGUUGGUCGAUAAUUUUAAACUGUGUUGGCGAUUUACACAUAGAUGACCAUCAUACAACUGAAGAUUGCGGUAUAACUUUGGGCCAGGCGUUCAAAGAAGCAUUGGGUGCUGUUCGUGGCGUCAAAAGGUUUGGAUGCGGGUUUGCACCUUUGGAUGAGGCGCUCAGCAGGGCUGUAGUAGACCUUUCCAACAGGCCUUACGCUGUGGUGGAAUUAGGACUAAAACGUGAGCGCAUUGGAGACUUAUCUACCGAGAUGAUACCGCACUUUUUGGCCUCCUUUGCGGAGGCUGCGAGAAUAACUAUUCACGUAGACUGCAUCAGGGGCUCUAACGAUCACCACAGGAGUGAAAGUGCGUUUAAAGCUCUAGCCUUGGCCUUGAAGGAAGCUAUUUCAUACACGGGAUCAGACGAAGUACCUUCUACCAAAGGAGUUCUAAUGUAA